GUCUCCGGGAAGAAGGCGGCGGCUGCGGCGGCGGCGAAAGGCGGGGGCGCCGUGGGGGCCGGGCCGGUGUUUACCCGGCGGCGGGAGGGCGCGGACGCGGAACCCGGCGCGGCGGCGGUGGCACGAUGGUCAUGGCGCAUUUCGUUGAGAAUUUUUGGGGGGAAAAAAAUAGUGGCUUUGAUGUCCUUUACCAUAAUAUGAAAUAUGGACAGAUAUCGACAAAAGAACUAGCAGAUUUUGUAAGAGAAAGAGCUACAAUAGAAGAGGCAUACUCCAGGUCAAUGACAAAACUAGCAAAAUCUGCAAGCAAUUAUUCACAACUUGGAACAUUUGCACCAGUGUGGGAUGUGUUCAAAACAUCUACAGAGAAAUUAGCAAACUGUCACUUGGAUCUUGUAAGAAAAUUACAAGAAUUAAUAAAAGAAGUUCAGAAGUAUGGAGAAGAACAAGUAAAAUCACAUAAAAAGACUAAAGAAGAAGUUGCAGGAACUCUGGAAGCUGUUCAAACCAUUCAGAGCAUAACUCAGGCCCUCCAGAAAUCCAAGGAAAAUUACAAUGCCAAGUGUGUAGAACAGGAACGUUUGAAAAAGGAAGGAGCUACACAAAGGGAAAUAGAAAAGGCAGCUAUUAAAUCUAAGAAAGCUACAGAUACCUAUAAACUCUAUGUGGAAAAAUAUGCAUUAGCAAAAGCAGAUUUUGAACAGAAAAUGACAGAAACAGCGCAGAAAUUUCAAGAUAUUGAAGAAACUCAUCUCAUUCACAUAAAGGAAAUUAUAGGAUCCUUGUCAAAUGCUAUAAAGGAAAUUCAUUUGCAAAUAGGCCAGGUCCAUGAAGAAUUUAUAAAUAAUAUGGCUAACACUACAGUUGAAAGCUUGAUACAAAAAUUUUCUGAGUCAAAAGGCACUGGCAAGGAAAGACCUGGCCUUAUUGAAUUUGAAGAAUGUGACCCUGCUAGUGCAGUUGAAGGUAUAAAACCAAGGAAAAGAAUGACUUUUGGUUUACCAGGAAUAAUUAAAAAGGAAAAGGAUGCAGAGUCUGUGGAAUGCCCUGAUGCAGAUUCACUUAACAUUCCUGAUGUAGAUGAAGAAGGCUACAGUAUAAAACCAGAAGCAAAUCAGAAUGAUACCAAAGAGAACCAUUUCUACUCAUCUAGUGAUUCUGAUUCUGAAGAUGAAGAACCAAAGAAGUAUCGGAUAGAAAUCAAACCUAUGCAUCCAAAUAACUCACAUCACACGAUGGCUUCCUUGGAUGAAUUAAAAGUAUCCAUAGGAAAUAUAACACUCUCUCCAGCGAUAUCUAGACAUAGCCCAGUGCAGAUGAAUCGGAAUUCAUCUAGUGAAGAGUUAACAAAAUCUAAGCCAUCUGCAUCCAAUGAGAAGGGGGCCAGUGAUUUGCUUGCUUGGGACCCCCUGUUUGGACCAUCUCUUGAUUCAUCUUCAGCUUCACUAACUUCAUCCUCCUCCUCAGCCAGGCCCCCAACUCCUCUUUCUGUAGGCACCAUUGUCCCUCCUCCAAGACCUGCUUCCAGACCAAAGCUUGCUUCAGGCAAACUCAGUGGGAUUAAUGAAAUACCCAGGCCAUUCAGCCCACCUGUAACGUCCAAUACCAGCCCACCUCCUGCUGCUCCAUUAGCCCGGGCAGAAAGUUCUUCCUCUAUCUCAUCUUCUGCUUCAUUAAGUGCUGCCAAUACUCCAACAGUAGAAGAUGAUAAUUUGAUUGGGACACUCUCUGAAAUUGAAAAGCACUGUGAGACAUCACAAGGUGUGUCACGAGGUCCCAGUCCUGUCAGCCUUGGAAAUCAGGACACCUUACCUGUGGCAGUCGCCCUUACAGAAUCUGUCAAUGCCUACUUUAAAGGGGCAGAUCCCACCAAGUGUAUUGUAAAGAUCACUGGUGACAUGACAAUAUCAUUUCCAAGUGGAGUUAUUAAAGUCUUCACUAGCAAUCCAUCUCCAGCUGUGCUCUGCUUCAGGGUGAAAAAUAUCAGCAGACUAGAGCAGAUUCUUCCAAAUGCACAACUAGUGUUCAGUGAUCCAUCACAGUGUGAUUCUAGCACAAAAGAUUUUUGGAUGAACAUGCAGGCUGUUACUGUCUACCUCAAGAAGCUAUCAGAGCAAAAUCCAGCUGCUUCUUAUUAUAAUGUAGAUGUAUUGAAGUAUCAGGUGUCAUCAAAUGGUAUUCAGUCCACUCCUCUAAAUCUUGCAACAUAUUGGAAAUGUAGUGCUGGCACCACAGAUCUUAGAGUGGAUUAUAAGUACAACCCAGAGGCUAUGGUGGCACCAAGUGUGCUUUCUAACAUACAAGUGGUGGUACCAGUGGAUGGAGGAGUCACAAACAUGCAGUCCCUUCCCCCUGCAAUAUGGAAUGCAGAACAGAUGAAAGCCUUUUGGAAAUUGUCUGGUAUUUCAGAAAAAUCAGAAAAUGGAGGUUCUGGGUCCCUCAGAGCAAAAUUUGAUCUUUCAGAAGGACCCAGUAAACCCACAACACUCGCAGUGCAGUUCCUCAGCGAGGGAAGUACCCUCUCAGGAGUAGAUAUUGAACUUGUAGGCACUGGCUAUAGGCUUUCCUUAGUAAAGAAGCGGUUUGCCACUGGACGCUACCUGGCGGAUUGUUGAUGAACCCGGGAAAGUGGUUGGCUCAAGGGAGUAAUACACACCAGCCAUUCUGCAUUAGCCGUUCUUUCCAAACACUAUUCUAACUUGUAUUAUGUCUUUGAGAGCUGACUACAAACAUUAAAUUGCACUUUUGAAGUGAGUCAUCGGAAGAAAUAGCACUAAAAUGAUUUUCAGUGCUGUUAAGUGAUCAACCGCAAUAUUCAGGAAGCACAUCUGUUCAGACUCUCAGUAAAAUGAAGUUUUUAUAGGCUGAAAUUUUAAAUUAUCUUCAGUGUCUAUGCUGAAAAAAGGGGUUAGAGUGUAAUAUCAGGCCUAAAAUUUCAGGAGAGCAAGCACAAAAUAAUUUAGCUUUCCAUACAUUUUUAGAGUCAGAGAUAGCUUUGAAAUUUUGUAAGUUUCAUAUUGAACAGAUACAAACGACAACAUGAAUUUUAAGUUUUAGAUAAUGUUCAUUUAGAACACUCAAUCAAAUUGAGUUAUGUGCCAUAAAGUAAUCAGACCAGAGUCCAAGAUGUAUGCAAAAGUUAUAAUUUGAUUCUCAUAUAAACAUUAAUAAAGUAUAAAUGGUGUUUUAUAUGAUUUUUUUAAUCCUCAAGUGCAAUGUGUUUUAAAAUAAGCUUGCAAAAGACAGCAGAGAAUAUACUUCUGCAGUUAACUUUAUAGAAGUUGUGAUUGUUUUGGUGAAUUAAUGCUGUAGAUUUAAUUUAUUUUUAUAUGGAUUGCAUAAUGUGUGCCUUUAAAAACAAUAACAAAACCCAGAAAUGUGCCUAUCCAGUGUGUGUUCAUUAAUGUGCCUCACUGUUUUCUCACAGUCCUCAUUCUUCUAGUCGGAAUUCUUAAAAGAGUGGUCAAGCAUUUUUAUAAGAUAGUUGCAAUUUUUGUAAAUACCUUUGGCUGCAAUUGGAAAGGGAAUUCAGAAUAACUAAAACAUAAUUUAUACUUAAGAACCCUGGCUCACUUCUUUGGUGAUACACUGUAGCCUCUGGGGAAAUAGAACUGAUGGUGUACAUUGGGGGGUGGGGGGCAUUACCUUCAGAGAGUCCACAUUAACGUCCUCAGAGAGUGCUGGAAAACUGUAAUGUUCAGUUGGUAACUGGUAUUUUACCUCUCAACAUUUCCCUUCACUCUGACUAUUAUUGUUGGAAAUGUAUACAUUUAUUUACUGAGUGUGUUGUGAGCAUAAACUUUAUAGUAGUUCAUAAGGAACACACUUUGGAAAAGAUUUGUUUUGACAUUUUCAACAAUUGGAAAAAAUUAUCAAUUUGUAUGUUUUGUUCUUAUUGAAUUGCCACCUGCGAAAAAUAGGAAAAUUAUUUGAAAUGAUGGAUUGGGUUAAGCAUUUAAAGCUACUAAUAUUAAAUAAUAAAAAACCUAACUUUAUAGCACAUCCUGGUUAACUGAAGGAGUUAAAUAUCUUUGACAAAGUGUCAUAAUUUAUAGAUGGGAAUUUUCUUUAUAAGUUCCUAUGUCCUACAUUUUGCAUAGAAGUAAUAAAUUGUGUUAUAUAUGAUAAUUUACAUAAAACCACUAAUUGUUCCAUUAAGCUUUACAGAAAAUAGAACCCCUACUACAAGACAUUUAUAUAACAACUUGCUAUACUAAAUACAGCAAAAAAUCUAUUUAUGAGCAAUAUAUAUAACACAAUAUGUGCUUUUUUUUAAUGUGUUCAGUGUUAGCCCAAUUCUAAAGUUAGAUUUGACUAAAGCAAUACAUAAGACCAUUUGCUAAACUGUUCAUCUUUACUAAACAGUGGACAAAAUUAUAAUUUCUAACUUACAUUGUACUCUCUUAAAUGCCAAUUACAGUCCCUUACUGGAAUCUUUAACUGUAGCUGCUUUGCAGUCAAACUGCUUUUAUUGGGCAGUUAAUAUUUUAUUAUUGGAAUUCAGACACUAUUAUACUCACCAUGUUUGUUUUUAAUCAAGUAUUACCUGAAAAUGUACAAAUUAGUGAAAUGGUUAAACUUCUGCACUUUCUUAAUUAUCAGUCUUCAUACCAAGUGUUGAUAUAUAAAUUUGUAUUGGGUGCAGGUUACAAUGUUGAAGCCAUAUGAGUUUAUAUUGAUUUUUUUUCAUUUAAAAAUCCACUAAUGGUGUAAAAAAAGACCAAUAGAUUUUCAAUGGGAAAUGUAUUUAGCAAGCUGGUUCUUGCUUAUGUAUAGUGAUAAACUUUGUAGCUGCCUCUUUAACAAGAAUUUGUAAACACAGAACUCUAACAAAUGUGAGUUUUUAAGAAUUGUUAUUUACUACUUGGAGUUGUAAUUAGAACAAUGCAAAUCUUACAAAAUUUUGUAAAUAUUUUUGAUUUUUUCAUAAAAAUGUAAAUUUUACAUGAAAAGUUGUGCCCUUAAUAAACAUGUAAUAUAUAAUUUA